AUGGAGAAAGAAGAAAAAGAAGAGAAUGCAACUCUAAGCGCAGAGCGUGAAUGAAUUGAACAAAAGUUCAAGCGAGUUUCAAUUAAAACUUUCAUCAUUGUUUGAUUUCAGCGAAGAACCAUGUGGAGGUCACCUCGAAUUUCUUAUCUCGUUACUAGAUUGAGUCAAAUGAACAUAAGUGAUGUCCGUUGCUGUUACAGUCAAAUGUUAUCUCAACCAUCUCAUUCACAAACGAAACCUCUUCCUUCCGACCAGAAACAGAUACCAAAGCAUUAUAUUGGGGAAAAUGUAUCUAGAAAAGAUAGGACUAUGUUUCUUCUCACCACACUUCGUGAUAUUGAUGAUAGUAAGGAGGCUAUUUAUGGUGCUCUUGAUGCUUGGGUUGCUUGGGAGCAAAAGUUUCCAAUUGGUUCAUUGAGAAAUAUAUUGAUUAGGCUUGAGAUGGAACAACAAUGGCAUAGGGUUGUUCAGGUAAUUAAAUGGAUGCUGAGCAAGGGACAGGGGACGACGAUGGGAACAUAUGGUCAACUGAUUCGAGCUUUAGAUAUGGAUCAUAGAGUUGAAGAAGCCCACAAAUUCUGGGAAAUGAAAAUUGGCACUGAUUUGCAUUCUGUUCCUUGGCAAUUGUGCCAUCUCAUGAUAUCAGUAUAUUAUCGAAACAAGAUGCUGGAAGAUCUUGUUAAGCUUUUCAAGGGACUGGAAGCUUUUGAUCGUAAACCUCGGGAUAAAUUAAUCAUUCAGAAAGUGGCAAAUGCAUAUGAGAUGCUAGGCUUGGUCGAAGAGAAAGAGAGGAUUAUGGAAAAAUAUAAUCAUCUCUUUGCAGAGAAAGGACCAACCAAGAAAAGUAGAAGGAAGUUGAGUAAGACAAAGGAAGAGCAGCCCGAUGAAUUCGGAAAGGACUCUAAGGAAAAGUAGAGGUCAGGAUGUGGGAUUUAAUUUUAAUAUUGGUUUUAAUAGCAUCAACCAACUUUAAUAUUGGUUUUAAUAGCAUCAACCAACUUCGGGGAGAGGAUUGUUCAAAGUUCAAACAAUUGUGUUUGUUUUUUCUUGAGCUUUGGAAUAGAUGCAAGACAUCAAGCACCUGGGACACAUACUAGGUAAUAUAACUUGAAAAAAUAGCAGUAUCAAGGGCAGUAGUAUGUAGGAAACUUUGACUGUUGAUCAAGUCUUUUACUGCAUACUUCAGGUUAAGUGUAUUCAUUCUUUGAUACCUUAGAUUGUAUUUUAUGAUGGUGUAAUAGACCAAAGUUUCUCUGAGCUCAAUUUUUAUGCUGGCUAUGCAUGUAUAUUAUCAAUUCAAUGUUCUAAACCCAAUCUCAACGCCGAAGCUGUUCCAAGUUUGCUACACAGUUGAUAGUUAUGGAGGUCUAGUGGCUAACAUUAGUACAUUACCUA